AUGUCUCGUCUGUACCGACCGCCUCCCACCAAUCAGCGGCCUCGAGACACGCUCGACCAAGUAUUGCAUUUGCCAGUCGACUCAGCUCUCAAGGAACUCAAAAAAUGCAGGAAUCAGUUCAAAGUGAUUCUUGCUACUUUUCAAGAUGAACAUCAUAUUUUGGAACGCUUAUACUACAAAGGAAAGAACCAGCACAACUCAGCUUUAUUCUGGAAGCGUGUGGCAGAGACUCGUCGAUACUGCAGCCGCCUCUACGAGCUAGACCUUGGCAAGCUAAUAGACGAUGUCCAACUGUCAUUCUUCGAUGCCAACACGGCCAAUAAAAAAAAAGCUCUUAAAGGCGCAUGGACGUAUUAUCCGGACCCCAAGUUCGUUGCAUAUAUGCGAAACCGAUUAGAAUUGGUUUACAAUCUCGCUUCAAAGACACAUGCACGACUAACCCAGGCUUACAGAUCACUAAGUCUUGCAAUGCAAUCGGGGGCGUUCAUUCAGUAUAUUGUUCUCCUCGUUGCUAUCGUAUCACGAAUGGAUAUCCUCACUGUUGAGCUUCUGGCGGGCGUUCAGCAAGCAUCUUUUACUCUUCGGCAACUGUAUGAUAUUUUGGAAAAGCUAGCUCCCCUCCCAUCGCCAGAGAUAGUGCCUCAGGGUCUUGAUAUAAUCAAUUCCGCACCGUUGGACCCCAGUGCCUUGGACUGUUUAGUCUUAGGCAUGAUUACGCCGGAAACAAAUGCAUUCAGGACGCCCAACUCACUUCCAUCAGUUACUCAUAAAUUUUCCCUCCACAGAGAUCAGGGCAUUCCCACACAGGCAGGGGAAGUAGUUGACAUUAUCAAGAGGAAAAGGACAAGGACAAAGACAAAGAAGAAAGACGAAAUCGAUGAUAUCUUCAGUUUCUAGUCCUCUCCAUGUCUCUGUAGGUGUCAAACCUGGUCCAUUGUAAUGACUACCUAAAACAAAGUGUUCCUGGACUCUGUACUAAAACUG